ACACACACACACACACACACUGAGCUCUGCAUUUCAAAACCUAAUGGCGCCAACGUAGGACCCUGUCUUGACUUAGAGAGCAGAGCGCACUGGAGACUUUCCCCUACAGAGCGCAUGGAGCGCGCUUUCAUGAAGGGACUCGAUUCACAGCGUGGGCUUUUACUCCUCUGGUGAAUCGGGGUCUUUUUUUUUUUUUUUAUGAACCCCACCUUCUCUUUCACCACCGCUGGAUUUCUAUUUUCGUCCGGAGAAGCCGUUCAAAUGCUGGCAUGGAUCGGCGCUGUUUGUGUCCUCCUCUUGGUGGCCAUGGUCUGGCCAGUGCUCAAACAUUUGCUUGCGUUUUUAAUGGGGCCUGAAAUCGCACCACAAGGGGAGAGGAGCGCAUCGGAGUCUGCAGCUGGGACGGAGCCUGUUAAAGUGCAUGAGGCGGCAGGUGACUCAUCAGCCCCUGUUGGGUUCAUCUGCAAGCCCUCGGCACUCGCCAAAUACCUGCUCAAACACUGCGUGAGCUUCUGCAAAUGCGCGCCCAACCCGGCGUGGCACUGGCGGGCGAGUCCGUGUCUGCAGACGCUUUUUGGAGCUCUCUGGCCGCACGACUGCGCCGUGCAUUUCAUCCGAGAUUAUUUACAGCUCAGUGAUGACGGCCUGGUAGCUCUAGACUGGGCUGUUGUUGGUCCUAAGAGGAGGAGGACCUCAAGCAAUUCAUCUAGUCCCAUCCUUCUGAUCAUUCCCAACUCUUUCGGAAAGCUCACCAGGAACGUCCUGAAGCUCUGUGAGGCAGCUCUGAAACAUGGCUACCUCCCCGUGGUGUUUAACCGGCGCAGUCAGAAUGGGACGCCACUCAACACCAUCAAACUACAAGAGUUUGGUGACCCAGCCGAUCUGCGCGAGGCAGUACGCUACAUCCGCUACCGCCAGCCUGCGGGUCGUCUCUACGCAGUGAGUGAAAGCACUGGCUCAGGUCUACUCCUGUCCUACCUGGGUGAGUGUGGUUCUUCCAGCUAUAUGACUGCUGCUGCCUGCUUGUCACCCAUCUUCCGCUGUCAGAGCUGGUUUGAGAGUGGUCCUGGCUGGCCCUUCCACUGGGUCCUCCUGCUCUAUCAGAAAGUCUGCCUUAGCAGGUACAGAACAGUGCUGGGGGAGCUGGUCCAUAUCGACAGCCUGUUCUCCAGCCGCUCACUCAGGGCCAUGGAAGAGGCACUGUUCUGUCAGUCUGGUCUGAAGGAGGGGCCAGCUGAAGGAGCCUGGGAAGCAUACUGGGAACGCAAUGAUGCAUUGAGGGACGUGGAUGAGGUGGCAAUCCCUGUGCUGUGUGUGUGCAGCCGUGACGAUCCUAUCCGUGGUGAAACUCGGUCCACGCUACCCUUAGAGCUGUUUGAGAGCAACCCUCACUUCUUCCUGCUGUUGACGGAAAGCGGAGGCCACUGUGGCUUCUCCAUUGCCGACGAAGGCCCUGUGCUCUGGAGCCACCAAGCCCUUCUUGAGUUCUUCAGGGCUACUAGUGACUUCUUUGCCGCUGAAGAGCGGGCCAAGCUAACCGCCAGGCAUCGUGGCAUGAACAUGGGUGCCAAGGCUUUCCGCCAUCGCAGCGUGAGCACCUACAAAAGGUUACCAGUCUGCUCACACAACAUCCACACCAUUUACAACUGGCAGAGGUCUUACACGAGAUGAUGAUUACUGACCUACAGCUUGAAGGACUGUUUUUUUUUUUGUUU